AUGGAAGGAGCUUGGAAUCUACACGAAAACAACCAAAGUCUGGAUCUUGUGGAUCCAACUCUGGAAGUGUUUGACGAAAAUGAAGCCAUUCGGUUGAUAGGAGUGGCCCUUUUGUGUACUCAAGCAUCACCAGUGAUGAGGGCACCCAUGUCCCGUGUCAUUGCUAUGCUUGCUGGAGACAUUGAAGUGAGCACCACUACAACAAAGCCAAGUUAUUUGACAGAUUGGGAUUUCAAAGAUAUAACCGAUAGCUUUUUGGAUGGAGAAAGUCCAUCAUCAGCUCCAUCCAAUAGUAGUAGCCCCCUACUAGACAAUAAGGUCGAUAAUCCAUCCGAUCCGAACACUAACGCAGUGCCCUCUCCAAUUAAUUUGACUGAGACAAUGCUGCAUGAAAUCAUUGGAGAAGGAAGAAAUAGAAGGCAGCAGCUUCUCUCUCCAGCGACAGGGAGGCAACAAAUAUGGAAACACUGCUCUGCGCGACAAAGCGACAGGGAGGCAACACAGCGACAGGGAGGCAGCUUCUUCUCUCUCCAGCGACACUACUCUGUGCGAUACUCAGGCGAAGGCGACAACUCAGGCGAUUACUGCUCUGCGCCACACUCAGGCGGAGGCGACAACUCAGGUGACCUCUCCGACGACGAACAACAGCUAAAGGAGGUGACAACACAGGCGUCCGCUCCAGAUCGUUAAGGUAAAAUGGCUGUCCUCUCCUCCUUUCUCCUUUCUCCUUUCUCCUUUCUCCAGGAGGUGUCCUUUAAUUUUCCUAAAAUUAAUCUUCAGAUCCUGUUGCAAAUCUUCCAAUAAAACAAAAAGUAUUGAUUAAUGACAAAAAAAAUAAAAAACAAAAUGGAGUGGGUUUACAAUAAAAAUGCAUCAUGGUAGCUAGUUUGUUAUGUUACCUCAGAAGUAUUAGGUUGAUGCAUCAGUGAAUUAUGUGGACUGAGUUGACAUAGGUUGAUGCAAUUGAAAUGGUCUAUUAUUGAUGUUAAUGUGCUAUUAUUGUCUGUUUGUGGAUUUUAUGAAUUGAGAUUGUGGGAUUGUGAAUUGGAAUUUUUGUUGUCAUUGUGGAUUUUUUCUUUUACUUAACUUCAUUAAUUUUAUGGCAAAUUCUAUGCAUUUUAGGCACAUUUUAUAUUUUUUGGCUAAAUUAUUAUGUUUUAUAAUACAUACAUAUAAAUUAUUAUUUUUUAUUAUAUGACCGGACCGACCAGUUGACUCGACGGCUGAAUAGCGAACCAUUGAUUCGGUUCCUUUGCCGGUUCGAUGACCAAUCCGGUUCUGAUAACGUUAUUCCUAUACAUGUGAUCAAAAUGUAUGUCUUUACAUAUUUGCAACUUAAGUUAAGCUCUUCAAUAGUGUUGCAUAUAGACUCCAAUGCACAAAGCAUGAUGAAUAAUAUUGUAUUCAUUAUCACCCUUGAAUCCCCUUCCAUUUUUAAUUCCUUGGCAUCAUUCCCUCAGCCAAAAUAUAAAUAGUAGUAGUUACAUAAUAUGCAACACCAUUAUUUGAAAUUUCUAUUGUUGAAAACUGAUGCCUUAGUCUGUUAGUAAUCAAUCACAGGUAUAUUAUUUAUCUAUGUAAUAAAAUAGAGCGUUCUUGAUGACAUAAGGGCAGCGCCAACGAUACUAGCUAAAAUAACUACUCAAAAUAUAUAUUUUUAUUACAUUAUCUAUUUUAGAGAACAAUUACUACUAAUUCACUCCAACAACGCUCUCUAUUUCAACUAACUAUUUCAAUUAGCUUUAAUUAAUUGAACCACAAUUCACAAAUUUUCACAUAUCAUAUUUUUAGUUCAAACCAUUUUCUUAGAUUUUGUCAUUCAUUGCUAAACCAGAAAAUCAGAAAAAUUCCAAAAAAAAUUCAUAGCCAACCAGAAAAAUUCCAAAAAAAAUAUCAUAGAAAAUUUCCAGACAACCCAAACAACUUAUUCCACACUACCCACACAAAAUUCCAAGCAACUCAUUCCACACAACCCAAGGAAUGGACCAUAGCAUCUCAUUCCACAUAACUCAAGCAAAAGUUUUCAUAAUAAGAAAAUUUCAUUACCUCUAAUUUCUUCUCUCCACCAAAUCGGAACAGAGUAAAGACAGAGAGAGAGAACUGAGAGACAGAUUCGAUGGUUUAGUCGAUUUUCAGUGGGAACUGAGACAAAUUUCGUUUCGUGGUUUUUUCGGUAGGUUUUUCAGUGGGUUUUUUUGCUGGGAUUUCAGUGGUUUUUGGUUGGAUUUCUGUGGAUUUUUUUGUUGUGGGAUUUCAAUGAGUUUUUAGUAGAUUUUUUGUGGGUUUUUCUAUGGUAUACAUAUUUAUGUGAGAGAGAGAAUUCCAUACCUGGGUGGAUGAUGAAGCUUCUAUGAUUGAUAAAGUUGAAAUUUGGGUGCUAUGGAGCUUCUGUGCUGUGUAGCUUGUGUGUGUGUGUAGAGAGAGAGAGAAAGAGAGGAGAUGAGAGGAGGAAAUUGGCGCAAGAAACAACAAAGUGGCUUGCCAGAACUAGCAAGUGAAAAGUGGGUUAUGGAAAAUAGAUAAUGGAAUAGAUAGUUUGUUGGAGUCAAAUUUUUAGGAAAAGCUAUCUAAAAUGGCUAAGAAGGACUCUUCACCGUGUCCUU